GAAACCGUCUCGGACCUACGGGGAGUCCUGGAGUACUGUUACACUGAUAGCCACCCCUUAUGCAUGUUUUAUCUUAUGGGAGGAGAAAAGAGCACUCCUUUUGUCAUCUAAUACCGCUGUAGGCCACACACGCUCCUGUCUUUUUCACUCACCUCCACCAGUUCAUCCACCAAAACACCAUCAGGUGCCGGUAAUUGUGCAGCUAAAACAAGAAGAAAGAGUUCAAUUCAUCAUCAAGAAAAGACUUGACUGUUGAUCAGAUAAGUAUUGGAGGACUCAGGAUCAACUUAACAGCUUAGUUUCCUCUUGAAUCUUUAACCCGGACAGUCCCCUCACUUAGCCUCUCACCUUCCCUGGUAGCUGGGAAGUAACUGUAGCGUCUCUGUUUAUAAUCUAACCGGUGAUCACAGCGGCAGGGGUGGUGAGCUCGGAGCAUGACGGACACCCUUCGGCCUCCGUCCCUCCAGGUGCACAUCCCCCGGGACGAGUCCAGCCACGGAGAGGAGGAGGGCGGUGGGAACAGAGGCGGUCACGACAGCCUCGUCUGGUCCAGCUCAUCCACCCCCACCCUGCGGCGCCGACGCUUUAAGAUGAGACGAAUGAAAAAGCUGCCCAGUGAGCUGGAGCGGCUUGAGAACGGGCUGCUGCGGCACCCCGGAUCACGCUCGGCUUCCAAAGAGUACCUCCAGCUGCCCUCCAUCGAGAUCACACCAUCCAGCGACGAGGACGCGGCCUGGUCGAACAGCUCCACCCCGAGCGCCUCGCCCCGGCGCAAACGAUUCCUGCUGCGCAAGUGGCUGAAGGUGCGAGAGAGGAAGAAGCAAGGCAGUGAGAGCAGCAGUCAGCAGAGCAGUCAGCAGAGCAGCCAUGAGGACGAUUCCAGCUGCUUCCUGACUCCCUUCAUCCGUGAGGACAGCACAGCCAGUAACUCUAACCGGAGUUCCCCUGCCUGCUCUCCGGUUCUGCGGAAGCGCUGCCGAUCUCCCGUUCUGCAGAACGUCGAGACAGAUACUAUGGUGGAGAAAGGCUCGGAGCAGUCCGACACCUCCAAGUCCCCCUCCACCCCUGAGCAGCUGGUCACUCGCACCCUCUCCGGCCAGUCCACGCGCAGCGGGGGAAAGAACUCCAAGUGUGACAGAUUAAACCUGAUUAAAAAAAGCCAGAGCUGGUACAACGUCCUCAGUCCCACGUACAAGCAGCGUAAUGAAGACUUCAGGAAGCUCUUCAAGCAGUUGCCGGACACAGAGCGUCUCAUUGUGGACUACUCGUGCGCUCUCCAGCGGGACAUUCUCCUGCAGGGCCGCCUCUAUCUCUCCGAAAACUGGAUCUGUUUUUACAGCAACAUCUUUCGCUGGGAGACACUGCUUACAGUUCGGCUGAAAGACAUCUGCUCCAUGACGAAAGAGAAAACCGCACGUCUGAUUCCCAAUGCUGUACAGGUGUCCACAGACACUGAGAAGCACUUUUUCACAUCGUUUGGUGCGAGAGACAGGACUUACAUGAUGAUGUUCAGACUUUGGCAGAAUGCACUGCUGGACAAGCCUCUCUGUCCUAAAGAGCUCUGGCACUUUGUACAUCAGUGCUAUGGAAAUGAGCUGGGUCUCACUAGUGACGAUGAAGACUAUGUGCCGCCUGAUGAUGAUUUCAACACCAUGGGAUACUGCGAGGAGAUCCCGGCAGAGGAGAACGAGGUCAGUAAUGAUAACUCAUCCAAGAGCAGCAGUGAGAACAAGCCAGACAACAGUUCUCCUCCGUCACACAAGAGAUCCAUCACACACUCCACCAUCACCUCCACCACUCCUCCCAGCAGCACAGAUACACCAUUGUCUUUUGAUAUUGCAGCGGAGGAGUACACAGACUGCCUUCCUGAUGGAGAUCUGCUGGCGCUCCCUUUGCUGGCCGAGGAGAGGAACAGCGAGCCGGCCAGUCCUCUGGAUCCUGUGCCACCACUGGCUCUUGACUUCAACGACAAUGAGGAUAUACCCACUGAUCUCAGUGAUUCCUCAGAGACAGAUGAUGAAGGUGAUGAGGUACAAGCUUUCCACGAGGAUCUGAACGGCCGCCAGUACAUUAAUGAGGUGUAUAAAUUCAGUGUUGAUAAACUGUACACCAUUCUCUUCACUGAGUCCCAGUUCAUGACAGACUUUAUGGAGCAGAGGAGAUUCACAGAUGUGGUGUAUCAUCCUUGGAGGAAGGAAGUUGCUGGAAAUCAGACCAGGGCCAUCAUGUACACAAUUUCCCUGACCAACCCGCUGGCUCCUAAAACAGCUACAGUUACUGAGACUCAGACUCUGUAUAAGGCCAGCCAGGAGAGUGAGUGCUACAUCAUCGAUGCUGAAGUCAUCACUCAUGACGUGCCGUACCAUGACUACUUCUACACCCUAAACCGUUACAUGCUCACGCGUGUGGCCAAGAACAAGUGUCGGCUGAGGGUUUCUACAGAGUUGAGGUUCAGGAAACAGCCUUGGGGGCUGGUGAAGGGCUUCAUUGAGAAGAACUUCUGGAGUGGGCUUGAUGAGAACUUCAAAAGCCUCGAACUGGAGUUAGCAAAGAUGAAGGACGCUCUAAUGGAAAGCCACAGACUGUCUCCCAAAGCUAAAGCAGUGAAGAACUCCAUCCUAAGACGGAGAAAAAAAAACCCCGCCCACAUGCGCACAGCCCAUCUAGAUGAGACCCUCAGUCCUGUUACCACACCAACAGACGAGGAGGUCAUCCACCGCAUUAAACACGUGGCAGGUUCCACUCAGACGAGACACUUUCCUGAGCACACACCAGGGGGCAGGAUUUUCUGCAACCUCUCUAAACCACUCCUCAUCAUCAGCUUUGUUCUGGUGCUACUAGUGUUUUUGAAUGUGAUGCUGUUCUAUAAACUCUGGAUGCUGGAGUAUUCUGCACAAAGCCUCUCCAGCUGGCAGGGCUUACGCCUACAUGAAAGGUACAACACGUGCUACAACUUCUUCACACCUACAACAAUACUGAGCCAAGACCCACCCACCAACAUCAAGACCCAUCCACAAUGCAGUAAACUGCCAUCUACACAGAUGGAAUGGGCACAGCUCCUGGAGUCCCAGCAGCGCUACCACGACGCGGAGCUACAGAAAUGGAAAGAGAUUAUCAAAUCUUCUGUACUGUUAUUGGAUCAGAUGAAGGACUCCUUACUGAGCCUACAGAAAAGUGUGGGUCUGCGAGAUUACAACUCAGACUCCGACGAGAAGAGAAGUAGAUAUCACUAACACUUACCCUCCAGGCCACCAGGGCGCGCUGUGCAAUGUAGAGCCACUUAUAAAUACAAAAGGCAAAAAACAAAGCACUGAAAUGUGAGUGUAUGACUAUGCAUACCAAACAAAAGAGACACCUGAUAGAGACAAGAAGAAGAAGAGAUGGACCAGAAACUCCCUAGUAGACAGCAAAACCACAGGAUGGGGCUGUAUCUGUCCCAUGGAAUUGUGGGACAGUUGAAGUCCGAAUGGGCUCAUCACUGUUCCAGCUUUCUUUCAGGUUCUUUGUGAUGAUAUUACAGUUUGCAGAGGAACUUAAUGGACCUGAGGGGGGGAAAAAAGAGCAUGCUUUUUGAUGUUUUUUAUUUUUUUCAAAGAGGUUCAAAGAGGAAAAAGAUCUUUUAGAUUGGUUUUAAACUGUAAUGACGCAGCUGCCAUGUCCCUUUUCCUGUUUGUGGGAGCUUAAUCUGCAGGAAGCAUUAUGAAAUCUAGUUCACUCAUGCUGUAGUAUCAGGGCUGGUUUCCCUGAUAAUCCUGCGCUAGAAAAAGUUUCAGCCAAAGGGCCAUUCGCGCUAAAAACAGAGACCUUAAAUUUCCGUGAAGCGUUGACCAUUAUGCUAAAGAGUUUUUGCACCAGGGAAAGAGUGUGAAAAGGGACACUGCAGCCAGGAUGAUGGAUGAAGUUGUUAGUUUUUGAUGACUAAACUGUGAUAUCUCCUGAUUCAUUUGAAGAAUAUGUCUGAAAUAUAUAUAUACUUUAUUUAGAGAUUUAAUAUAUAUUUCAAUAUAUAGAGAGGUUGUUGCAGAUAUUUAUUGAUAAUUUAUAUACAUAGAACACUUAUCAAAGCUCUAGAAAGAAAGAGUUUCUAAUUAUUCAACUGCAUUUUAUUCAGCGACAUGCACAAGCACAUUUGAGACGUGUCCGUGUGAGUGCGUGCGUGUGUCGUAAAUUGAUCUGUGUCUAUUUUGGUGAAUGUAAGAAUGUCCGUGUGAUGUUUUAAUUCAUUCCACUUGUAUGUCUUGUAUCUUCCUCCCGGCACAUGAAGCCAAACUGCCUUUUUCUUGCCCAGCAGCUCAGUCCACUGGGCAUCUGUUUACACAUCCACCUGGCUUCAGAAAGCUGAGUGGUCUAAAAAUGACCAUCUCAGCUCGGCCCGAACCCACACACACGUGCUUUGUCUGCUGUGGCAGCAUUCCUGUUUUUAUUUUGUUUGAGGUUAGAGUUUGGACCAGGAAGAAGCACUGUAGGAAACAGGACUGGACUCACUAACUUUGUGUUUUAAUUUAUGAUAGCCCCUAUUUUGUCAUUUUAAAUCAGUCAAAUAAAAGAAAAGUUAUGUGAGGUGGUAAUGAUAUAUAUAUAUAGAGAGAGAGAGAGAGAGAGCACAAGUGCUCUAUCCUAAACCAAAUAUUAUAGAUGGUAGAAUUUAUUUAUACUGUAUAUAACAUAAAAUGCAACGAUUGCCUUUUUAUGCAGAUGACAUGAAGAGAAGCAGCACUUUACAUCCAGGCGUUGAAGAUGGAGAGCCUGAUGUAUGAAAUAUAUGUUUGCUGGCACAUUGCUGGUAGCACAUAUGAUAAUAUUCCAUCUACAAAACACAUGGUAUUGUAUUGAAUGUAUAUAAGAUGUUUUUCCCAGAACAUACUGUAAUCUGCUGUAAUUUGAUUCGAAUCAUGAAUCGUGUUCCACAGUCCAGCAGUUUUUGAUUUGGAUCUUUCAAAUCCUUCUUUAGUGUUGCUCUGAGCAGUGUUUGAAUCUGGGAUUUUAUUCCAGAACGCAGCUGAACUACUGAGAUAUUUAACUGCGUAUUCACUGUUCAGAAUGGCUCACUGUAUUUUGGCAUUAGAGUGCAUCUGGAUAGGUUGUUGGGUGUGUAUUCUGCAAUAUGGAUUUGAUCUCUCUUUUUUCACUAUGUGUGUUUAGAGAAAAGAUGAAUUGGUUGCUCAUGGUUUGGUGUUUUGUAACAAUAAUUGAAAAAGUAAAUGAAAUCACAAACA